AGACGUACAGAAGGUACAGAUUAAAGACGAAGAUCAAGAUGAACGUUUCCGAGGAAAGGCCGCGUCGUUACUCGUUAACCAGUUUAAGAGAUCGUCGUCUGUCAUUUGACGAAAAUGAUUGUUGGAGGGCGAUGGAAGGAGACGGAGAAAUCCACGAGAACGUGGACGAAAGAAAAACGAAGAGGUUGACGAGUCGCGGCAGAAGAACCAGACAUUAUUCCUUAACGAGAUUAAAAAAUCGUCGAGCCAGCUUCAACUUCGACGACGACGACGACGACGACGACGACAGAGAUUCCUCGAUGAAGACGUACAUCAGCGAUGCGGUUACCGAACAAAUGACCCAAACACUCAGGUUACCGAUCGCCCACGAAGGACGAAUCAAACAUUCCUCUAUGUCGAACUUGAACGACCGAUCGAACGAUCUUCUGCCCGCUAGGUUCGCCUCCACCUUCCGUUCAGUCAGAUAUCGACAGUCGAGUAACUCGGAGACGAUAGUGAUCAACGAUGCUCCUCUGAUCAAUUCCAGGAACGAUCAUGUGGAGAUCGACGCUGGUACUCCGCCACCCGUCGACGAGUCCCUGUUCUACGACAACCUGGACGUGAUGAAACAGGCCCAGAUCAACGGCAACGAUCUACGGUCGAUAAUGUGGUCCAUCGUCACCACCGCCGAGAUGAAACUGCUGCUGGAGCUAGAAAAGUGCAACGUUUUACCAGAAAUGCUUUCGGGCGAGAGGAUAAGGAAUAUAGCGUACAUGUGGUGCUGUUACCGAGGGCUGGCUCGGCUUCUACCGAAACUGGAAGACUGGGGAGUCAAGUGCGAAUACGUCGAGCCUUGCACUGGCAUGAACGCGAUCCUGGCCGCAUCGCUGAGCGGCAACGUAGCUUGCAUCGAGCAUCUGAUCGAGAAGGGUGUCGAUAUCAAUUGCAGGAAUCCUAUCAAUCAUUACACGCCUCUUCACUUUGCUGUGUUAGGGAACUCCGUGGACGCAGCCCGAGUGCUUCUAGAUAACGGCGCGAAGCCUAGUACCUGUCUUUAUCAAGAGAUGGUCGAGCCAGUUUUGCAUUGCGCCAUUAGGGCAGCAGCGGUGGAGAUCGUGGAACUGUUGCUGGAACGAGGAGCGAGCGUCGUCGAAAAGAACCAUACGGGCGAGACCCCGCUCCACGUAGCCUGCUUCGUCCAGUCCAUAAAAUGCGUAGAAUUGCUACUCGAAUCACCCGGUACGAAUAUCAACGCCGUGGAUAGGGCGCACAGAACACCCCUUCAUUUCGCUGUGAUGACCACGCAUUCGUCCGCUAAGCUGGUGGAGCUUCUGCUGAAACACGGCGCCCUGAUCAACGCCGCGGACAAGACCGGCUUCACUCCUCUUCACGUGGCUGCGCUAAACGAGCAGUCCCACUGCGUCGAUGUUCUAAUCUGGGCGGGCGCCGAUGUCAGUGCGACCACCAGCGCAGGACUGUCCGCGUUGAACAUUAUCCUCAGGAAGAUCCCCGAGUCUCUACAGGUGUUCCGACAGAGGUUGGACGCUUCGAUAACCCUCAGGAGACCCGUCCCCCAUAACAGGGAGUUCGAAAUGAGGCUGCACUUCGAUCUACUCUUCCCCAGUGGUAAUCAAUGCGAGACCAGCUUCAUCAACACCUUCGUCCAGGAACGUCGCAAGGAUCUGCUCUCCCAUCCGCUAGUCAUGGCAUUCCUCCAUCUGAAAUGGGAAAAGAUAAGGAAGUUUUAUCUGCUCAGGAUCAUGCUAUACGCUAUGACCGUCAUCUGUAUGACCACCUACGUCCUCACCGCGUUAGCCUACAAGUGUUACAACUACGACGAUGCGAGCAGCUCCAAGAUCUGCAGCAGCAAACGCAUCUCCGGCUUCCUCUUCAGAAGACCCGUCAUCGAGAUCCAGUGGUACCUACUCUUCAUCUUCACCUGCAUAUCAAUUCCCAGAAAGAUCUUCGGUUUCAUGGUCUACACCUCAGCCAAACAGUACUUCUCCAAUAUCGAUAACGUUCUUGACGGUGUGGUCAUCAUCAGCGUGUUCGUCACCUCGUUCAUCUACACCGGACGCACCUACGACUGGCAGAACUACGUGGGGGCAUUCGCGAUACUAUGCGCCUGGACGAACCUGAUGCUGAUGGUCGGCCAGCUGCCGGCAUUUGGUACCUACGUGGCAAUGUUUACCCAUAUACAAUUCGAAUUCGCUAAGUUAUUGCUAGCUUAUUCCGGAUUGCUGAUAGGCUUCACCGUCAGUUUCUGCGUUAUCUUCGUCGGGGAACCGUCUUUCGGUAACCCGUUCACAGGGCUUAUCAAAGUGUUGGCUAUGAUGGCUGGUGAGCUGGACUUCGACAGUCUAAUCACUCAGAUCGAUCAGGGAUUAGAAUCCGAAGGACCUUUCGUCAUUUAUCAUCCUCUGUCCGUAUGCUCUCAAAUACUAUUCACUCUGUUCAUCGUGUUCGUCACGGUGAUCCUGAUGAACCUACUGGUGGGGAUCGCUGUCCAUGACAUCCAGGGCCUACGAAACCACGCCGGGCUGACUAAGCUAGUCCGUCAAACGAAAUUGAUUCUAUUUACCGAAAUGGUCCUGCAUAAUAGUUCCAUCCCAUACGCUUUCCGAAAGUGGAUGUCCGAUCAUAAGAUCAACGUGGAGAACAGGAAAAGGGUCCUGGUGGUAAAACCUUUGAAUCCUCUGGAGAAGAGGCUGCCCAAGGACAUCCUGAAAGCAGCCUACGAGAUCGCUCAGAAGAAUAUACCGUUUAUGAACGAUGAUAAUGUCAGCCUGAGCGAUCACGUGAUGUGGAUGAGACAACAGACCGAGGAGUACUCAGAUCCUAGUUUGCAAAUGGUCAUUGAGAACCUGGCUAACAAAUUGCAAUCCUACGAGGACACGAUCAAGUCGCUGAAGGAGCAGCUGUUAGAUACUAAUAAGACGCUGGAAAGUGUUGUGAAAAGUCUGACGAAGGAAAAGAGUAACUGAGAUCUUCUAGGUUAUAUUUCCUUUAAUAUUUACGGAUAUGAGCGAAAAAGUUGAUGUUGAAGCAACCGCUUAUGGUGGGGGACCAACUGGACAAUCAGGCCUUAUUCGUUGGGGUAUUUCUAAGGCGCUUCGAAAUUUUGUCAGUAU